AUGGGCUCUACAUUUUAAACUACUUUUCUUGAUCUCUGCUAGCUAGAGGGGCUAUCUAAAUCUACCCCAUGAACAAAAAGGCUGGCAUGGAGAGAAGCACUAAUUGGAGAGGCAAUGAUGGAAGGAACAACAUGAAAGACAUCAACAAGCUUAGAGAUUCAUGGGGCCAUCAUCAUCAUCAUCAUCAUCAAUAUGGCACCAGCCAUGAAUCUCUCCCCCCUCACAAUAAAGAAAAUGGGGAUUUACUUGCAGCAGGGUUUUCAUGGCCUCCAAGAUCCUACACUUGCAGUUUCUGUAGGAGAGAGUUCAGAUCUGCCCAAGCUCUUGGUGGCCACAUGAAUGUUCACAGGAGAGAUAGGGCAAGGCUGAGACAAUCCCCACCAAGAGAGGGUCAGUUCUCUUCUCUUCUCAAUCUCAACCUUGCAGACCCUUCUGCAAUAAACCCUAACCCUAACCCUAGCUGCUAUACUAGUACUAUUUCUUCACCCCCUUCUUCUCCUCCUAGAAAGCCACUCCCAGGUUUUGUGCCCACACUGCCCUUUGCUUCCUCUUCUGCUGAAAUGGGGAAAUGGACCAAAAUAGAGGGCAUCCCUGUCAUGAAGAAUAUGGUGGUUAAAGGCUUCAAGAAUGGGUUUGAGGUUCAUCAAAACCCUGCAGCUUCUUUCAGUGAUGAGGCUAAACUUGAGCUCAAAAUUGGGUUCAAGGAAGAUUUGGAUUUGGAGCUAAGACUUGGAUACACUUGAAUGAUCAUUAUCUCAUCUGAUGAGACCUUUUUUUCACUAAGGGAUGAAGUUCUGCGGAAUGGAGAUGAAAAGAAGACUCAUUUCUAGCUAGUUAUAAUUUGGUUCAAUUCCCACUAGUACAUUUAUAUUCUCUCCUUCUGAAUCUCCCAUGUUAAUGUAACAUAUAGUACUCUCAUCAUAG